GAUGGACCAGGGCUGGUGCUGCAAGGACUCUGGAGGAGCAGCCGCCCGGAGCUGCAGAACCGAGCUGCAGGGCCGCUCUCUUUCUCUUUUGGGUGCUUGCCAUCGCCAUGUGGGGCGCGCUGAGGUCAGCUCUGCGGCCGUGCAGUCGGGCCGCUGUACCCCGGCAGCGUGCCUAUCACGGGGACUCGGUGGCCCGACUGGGCACCCAGCCUGACUCGGCCUCCUCCACCUACCAGGAGAACUAUGAGCAGAUGAAAGCUUUAGUGAGUCAACUUCAUGAGCGAGCCCAGUAUGUGAGACUAGGAGGGAGUGAGAAGGCCCGGGCGCGGCACACAUCCAGAGGAAAACUGCUCCCCAGAGACAGAAUCGACAAUCUCAUAGACCCAGGGUCUCCCUUUCUGGAAUUCUCCCAGUUCGCAGGUUACCAGUUAUACGGUGACGAGGAAGUCCCCGCCGGUGGCAUCAUCACAGGCAUUGGGCGAGUGUCGGGGGUCGAAUGCAUGAUUGUGGCUAACGAUGCCACCGUCAAAGGAGGCAGCUACUACCCAGUGACUGUGAAGAAGCACGUGCGGGCACAAGAGAUUGCGCUGCAGAACAGACUCCCAUGCAUCUAUCUGGUUGACUCAGGAGGGGCUAACUUACCUCGGCAAGCAGACACCUUUCCAGACCGGGAUCACUUUGGCCGCAUAUUCUAUAAUCAGGCAAUUAUGUCUUCUAAAAACAUCACACAGAUAGCUGUGGUCAUGGGCUCCUGUACGGCAGGAGGCGCGUAUGUGCCUGCAAUGGCUGAUGAAAACAUCAUUGUUCAGAAGCAGGGUACCAUCUUCUUGGCUGGACCACCCUUGGUGAAGGCAGCUACAGGUGAAGAGGUGUCCGCUGAGGAUCUCGGAGGUGCCGACCUGCAUUGCAGAAAGUCUGGGGUCACUGACCACUAUGCUUUGGACGACCACCACGCCCUCCACUUAACGAGGAAGGUUGUGAGGAGUCUCAAUUAUCAGAAGACAAUGGAUGUCACCGUUGAGCCUUCUGAGGAGCCCCUGUUCCCUGCAGAUGAACUGUAUGGAAUAGUCGGCGCCAACCUGAAGAGGAGCUUUGACGUCCGGGAGGUCAUUGCUAGAAUCGUGGAUGGAAGCAGAUUCAAUGAGUUCAAGGCCUUAUAUGGAGACACCCUAGUUACAGGAUUUGCUCGAAUAUUUGGGUACCCCGUUGGCAUCAUUGGAAACAAUGGAGUUUUGUUUUCUGAAUCUGCUAAGAAGGGUGCUCACUUCGUCCAGCUGUGCUGCCAGAGAAAUAUCCCUCUGCUGUUUCUCCAGAACAUCACCGGAUUCAUGGUUGGCAGAGACUAUGAAGCUGAGGGGAUUGCCAAGGAUGGUGCCAAGAUGGUAGCUGCAGUAGCCUGUGCCAAAGUGCCUAAGAUAACUGUCAUAAUUGGGGGAUCGUACGGGGCUGGAAACUACGGAAUGUGUGGCAGAGCAUACAGUCCAAGGUUUCUCUACAUGUGGCCAAAUGCCCGCAUCUCUGUGAUGGGAGGAGAGCAGGCAGCCACGGUGUUAGCCACAGUGGCGAGAGACCAGAAAGCACGCGAGGGGAAGCAGUUCUCCAGUGCAGAGGAGGCAGCUUUGAAAGAACCCAUCAUUAAGAGGUUCGAAGAGGAAGGGAACCCUUAUUACUCUAGUGCAAGGCUGUGGGAUGAUGGGAUUAUUGACCCGGUGGACACCAGGCUGGUCCUGGGGCUCAGCCUCAGUGCAGCCCUCAAUGCGCCGAUCCAGAGGACUGACUUUGGCAUCUUCAGGAUGUAACCCAGAUAUGGAACCUGCUGCCACACCCGUAACAAGAAUUAGCGCGAGAAGUUGUGAACCUGCUAAUGUGGGUGCAGGGAGCCAAAACUCAGGUCCUCUGGAAGAGCAGCAAGUACUUUCCACCACAGAGCCAUCUUUCCAGACCCAUCCACCCUGGUUUUGAGGCAGGGUGUCUCACUGAUCCCGAAGCUCACGGAUUCAGCUAGACUGUCUUGCCACAGAGCCCCUGGAAUCCUCCUAUCUCCCUCCCCAGUGCUACAGAUGUGCACCACCACACCUGGCUUUUGGGGAUCUAAAGAUCAAACUUGGAUCUUCAUUCUUAUACAGCAAACAGAUUACUCACUGAGCCGUUUCCUCAGCCUGCAGCAGACUUAUUUUGAAGAAUCAUUUCUCACUUUUCCUGCAGCUACCAUCCUGUCUCUUCCUGUGAUAGUCAGGCUUGCCCCUGCUGGCACACUGGGCUCUUUUCCAGCUCAUUCCCCCUUCACUUGGUCAUGGUCAGGCUUUGCUGCCUACAGCCUUCCCCAAGGUCACCAUUGAGCUCCAUGUUGCUGAGACCAGUAGAUUGUACUUUCUGAUCUCACCAGAUGAUGUAGCAUCCUUUGUUGAACACCACCCACUGGAAUGCUGCCCUUAGCUCUCCUGGUACAACACUGGGUUUUCUACCAACUUCAUUAAUUCCCUCUUAUCCAUUGUUUCCCCCUGACAUCCAUCCUCCCUUGCUCCCAUCAUUUAUCUUGCCUUUCAUUAGUAAAUCCAUUCUUAUGUUAAACUAUACAAACAACAUAGCACAGCUAUUCUUCUUUUUAUUAUUAUUUAUAAGAUAAAGUAUAUCGCUUCAGCUCUUUUUAAGUGACUAGUUCUGUGGCAUUAAAUACCUUCACUUCACUGUGCAGCCAUCACCGUCCUCCAUCUCUUGGGCCUCCUCAUCUCCAGCUGACUCUGCACUGAGUGAACAGUAGCUCUCUAUUGCCCUUUCCCCGUAGCCUCGGCUCAUCUCAUUUUUAAAUAGUUACGUUUCUUGUGUCUUUAUGAUCCUUACUGGCCUCUUCCUGCCCAUCUCUUGGCUUUCUGUCCCUAUCUAGGACUCACCUACAGUUCUUUGCCCACCUAUCCUCUGGGCUUCAAUUCUGAAUAUAUCCAGCAGGCUGCUGGGUAUCCAGGAGGAGCCUCGCAUUCAUCACUAAGUCCUGUGAUGUUGUCUCCUUUGCUGUCUCUUGGAUCUCUCCACUCACUUCUCUCUUGCACCACCAUCUGCCUUAGAAAUGGUCUGCUGCAUCUGGUCCUCCCUAGUCCAGUCUGUCUACUGUAGAGUGAAAUGGCCAUCCUGACCUGGCCAGGUGGAAGAUUCUGUGGUGGUUGAGGAAGAACCCAUAUUCCAGUGGUCUCCAUGGUCCUGCUCACCCCUUUAACCUCAUCUUUCAAACCCCCCGUUUUCAUGGGAGAAUGGCUAUACCUAUUUUAGACUGCCUGUUCUUUGAACCUACUUAGUCUUCUCUACCUAAGGUCUACAAGUCUCCAUUGGGCUGUGCCAUUCUACUCUCUCUCUUCUCUUCUUCAGCACUUCACCAUUCAACAGAAACUCUUGAUUCUUCAUGUCUGUGGCUUUCCCAGGCUAGACUGGCAUCCCCCUGUAUGCACUUAUGAAAAAUAAUCUAGUUCCUUUCCCACAAAUUCACCAUUCAACCAUAAACAUUCUUUCACUUUGUCUGCCUGCUAGCAUGUGAACUUCAUGAGAAAGAAGACCCUGUGUGUCUCUAAUGCCUGGUUAAAAAAAAAAAAAAAGUGCUCAGUGUUUGUUGAGUAAAUGAAAAAAAAAAAAAAUUUCCCCUGUACUUGAUGUCAUCAGGCCAAGUAGUUUUUAAAUCAAGUGACCAAUUCUAUAACUAACUGUAAUUAUCAAGUGGUUUUCUGAUAAACUUCCGAAGCAUUCAGGAAGUCAAAUCAAUCAGGAUGAGUGAGACAUAGAUACAGAAAAUCAUAAUUCUGAGAUAACUUGCAUUUUCAGAAAGAGCACGUUAAACUAAAAGGUGUGCCUGUGUGCAUGUUUGUGUAUGAAUGUGUGUGUAGGUAUGCGCACGCUGAAAGGCUUGUGUGGUCAGAGGACAACCUUGGCGAGUUGCUUCUCAGCUCCUGCUGUGGGAUCCGGCUUAAGUUGUUGGUUGUUGGUUGUUGGUUGUGUGGUUUGCACUUUUAUAUGCUGAGCCAUCCCACUGGCCUGGGAACACACGUUUUGAAAGUAGAAGCCCAGAUCUAUUUUUAUCUGCUUUCCCUUAAGUUCUUGAGGGGACAGCAUCAAAAAGACCCUGAGUCGGGUGGCCUCAGUAGGGAGGUUGCCUUGGAAUUCAGCAGGAUAUCUUCCCUAGGUGACUCGGCUUUUGCUAAGUUUGCUUUCGGGACUUGCUGGUUAUCCUUUGUUGGUAGCCAUGUGCACAUCUCUCAACAAAGACUUUAGGAAGACAUAGUGCUAGAGACCCUACAUCCAGCUGGCAGAAACUGCUGUGCCCUGUAGCCUUCUUUCCAGACAUUUCUGCCUUUCAGAGUCUUGUUUCUGGGAGGCCUUCUCAGACUCUAACACAGUAUCUUUUAAGUUAAUGAAUAAAACAAGCAAAAUGGAUUUCCUGUUAUGGCUGUGCAUUGGUCCCCUGUAGGAGCUGUCCAUGGCCAGAGAUUUCCUGAAUGUCUAGGAGUGUGUUUGCCUUUGAGAAUCAGUAAAACCAUAUCUAAAUGAUAAUCUCUCUGGGGAGGUGGCCAUCCAACUGUGAAGACCAGUUUUGUUCCCUAGGACCCAACAUAAAUCCAGAUACAGUACUGGGAGUUUGCAACCCUGGUGAUCCUGCAGCUGGAUAGAGAUAGAACCUUCAGAAGCGUCUGAACCAGGCAGCCUGGUAUAAGCAGGACUGAACAACAAAGACUCUGUCCCAAACAAGGUGGAAGAUGGCACCGGAGGAUACCUGAGGACAUCCUCUGACCUCCCUAUAUGUGACAUGGCAUACACUCAGAUAUAAAUUAUAUAUUUUUUUGUGAAAAUGCAUACUUUAUUUUUGCAUUGUGACUUAAAAAUUUUUGGUCAGGGUGUAAGUCGUGUGGAAUGUUAUGAAAUGUAGUGCUAAUUAGCCUCCGCAUUUGUCUCCUCAGGACUUAGAGAAUUGAAAUAGCCAACAUUACGUUUUCCUCCCCACCUCCCUCCUGGUUUCCAAGAAAUAUGUUUUCUAAUUAGGAUAUGUCUAAAGACAGCGAGCUAAUCAUAGCCCAGUGUCGUUUAUAACAGGUCUCUAAAAAUGUUACAAAUGAGGUCCAAGCGCUGCAUGGUGAUGGCAAGUGAGUUUGCACUGUUGUGAUAAAAGCCUUUUCCGCCCAGAACACAGCUACCUCAUUUUUACUUAAUGCAUCUGGAGUCAUAAUUACGAGGACAGAGCUGUUCUUUGGAGCUUUUACUUUUCAGUAAAUGUGCAUCCCGUACGGCAGCCCUGAAUCAAAGGCAGAGAUAUAAUUCAUCAACUACCUGGCACACCUUCGAGGGUGGCAGGCCUUACUGAUAAUCUCACUGGGGAUCGGGUGUGAUUUGGGGGACUGUGUGUGGGAUGUGUGGUCACCCUCAGCAGCAUCCUCAUGGAUCAAGUCCUUUGGCUUUGCGUUAGCAUCUCAUAUUUCUCAGAAGCCAGUAUUCAGAAGACGUGCUUCGUAAUUUCCAAAUAUUGAUUUCAGUAGACUAGGAAUUUUUAAGAAUCAAAACAAAACCAAAGCGAAUUCCCAUUCCAGAGACAGAGACAGACCUGGGGAAAAGUUUAGCACAGGCAGAAGUGAUUCUUACUGUUAAGUUUCCAGACUCAGUGGUCCAGUUUCUGAGGUCUGUAUUUCACAGAGAAGACCCAAACCAUGGGUUCCUACUCGCUUUAAGGGAGAGCGGUAUCUCUGAGGGAGAAGAGGAGCUUGGGGUAGCGUGGUCUCAGAGUGAGGUUGCCUGAGAGAAAGUAAUGCCCCAGCAACCUGUUAGAAGUCAGCUGGGGAAGAGCACAGAGCACAGUUCAGAUGAGCAUUUGGUGAGGAGGGAGCUCAGAAGAAAGGGUGUAGCACUUGGGAGUGCUGGGACCUCAAUAGUAAGAGGGGUCUUUGGGAAAGUAUUUAACACUUUAAAAACAGUUCUGCCAACUACAUUUCCCUAUCUAUAGGAUAAUUGGAAAUCACCAGCUCUAGGUGCCAGAGAGAUGGUUAGUGGUUAAGAACACUGGCUGCUCUUCCAGAGGACCCCAUUGAUCAUCUGGCAACCAUAUGUGUGUCUAGCCUCCAAGGCAUCUGAUGCCCUCUUGUGGCCUCUGAGGGUACCUGCACACAUGUGGCAUAUAGUCAGACAUACACAAAACCAAAAUGAAUAAAUGAAGUGACUUUUUCUGAGGUUGUUUGUAACACUUGAAAUCUACCAAUGUCAAAAGCCUAGGAAGACAGAAAUAAAGUGAAAGAAAAAAAGCCUCCUAACCCAACUUCCCAGAAACAAUCGCUGCUGUUAAUGGCUUCCUGUAGUCAGUUUUAUUCUACCUGUAAGGUUUGUUUUUGUUUUUUUUUUUUGUAUUUUUGCAAAAAUGAUGUAUUUCAUCUUCUGUUAUCUAUGCAUUCCAUUGAUGUAUUGUGACUAUAUUAAUAUAUAUUCACAAGUAAUUGAUUUCUUCUGGUACAAUGCCAAUAGAACAUCACAUUGUAUGGAUGCCUAUGGGUGUACUUUCUUCCCCACUGUUGGGCAUGGGGUAUUUCUGAUUUCCCACUACUGUGAUAUCUCAAUGAAGCAGCUUUGCAGUCUCUUCACACACAUUUGAUGGUUUAAUAUAAUAAAUCUCUAGAAGUGGGGAGCUGAGUCGAGGUUCUCAGAUUUACAGGGCACAUCGCUCAAUUUUGCUCUGUAGCGUGUUUUUAAUGUACAGUGUGAUGACAACCAGAUGCUUGCUCCCAGUAAUAUUAAACUGUUUGGUGUGA